CAUAGAGCGAAUCAAUUGAAAAAGAGAAUGGAAUGGUAUAAAGUAUAAAUGAACUCGAUUGAGGUAGUUUAUGUUAACGUUUGAAGUGUGAUUAUAUACGAUGAUUGUGUGUGUACUUUGCGAUUACAAAGUUUUAUUAUAAAAGAAAAUAUUGAAAUUUCCUUUUGUAUGAUUAAUUCCUGAAAUGGUGGAUCAUUCAAUACCAUCCGACAUACUCGACGAUUUAAGCAGUCGAUUUAUUAUCAACGUACCUGAAGAAGAGAGGAAAGAUUUAGUUCGAAUAUGUUUUCAAAUCGAAUUAGCUCAUUGGUUUUAUUUGGAUUUUUAUUGUACAGAUGAAAAUCCAAAGUUGAGACCAUGUAGCAUGAGAGAAUUUGCCACGCAUAUUUUUUUUCAUAUACCGUUUCUAAAACCUCAUGUAGCUAACAUAGAUAGUAUUCUUGAACAAUGGCGUGAUUAUAAACAAAAUGUUCCAACCUUUGGAGCGAUUGUAUUGAACGAAGAUUUAACUAAAGUGUUACUUGUUCAAAGUUAUUGGGCAAAAAGUAGUUGGAGUUUUCCUAAAGGCAAAGUUAAUGAGGAUGAAGAUCCAUCUCGUUGUGCUGUUCGAGAAGUUUUGGAAGAAACUGGUUUUGAUAUUUCAAAUUUAAUAGAUGAAAAUGAAUACAUUGAAUCGGUAAUAAAUGAGCAAUUGGUAAGAUUGUACAUAAUAUGUGGUGUACAAAAAGAUACGAAAUUUCAACCAAAAACAAGGAAAGAAAUAAAAAAUGUAGAAUGGUUCUCUCUUGCUGAUUUACCUAAUAACAAGAAAGAUAUGACCCCAAAAGUAAAAACAGGAGUUGGUCCAAAUGCAUUUUUCAUGGUUAUUCCUUUUGUAAGGAGAAUGAGACGUUGGAUACAAGAGAAACAUUUACGUGAGAAAAAUGCAAACACUAUACGAAGACACAGACACAAAUCUCUGGGUGACGUUGACACUGCUCCAAAGAAUAAACGGCAAUUACUUCCUCAUUCUGUUCAGAACGAUAUUCCGAGCUUCAAAGACGUUAAAAACUUUCGACAAUGUAAUACUUCACCAGCAAGGAAUCGACGUAGCGCACAUGAUUGUAAAAAUGUAAAAACAGCAGCGAUCAAACGUAAUCUAUUCGGGGAUCAGAAUGAAGAUGAAACGUCAGCCAUACUCGCCAAACAAUUAACCGAGAGUCCACAAAAUCAACAAUCAUAUUCAUUUUUAAUGGAUCCAGCUAUCCAGUCUGUAAAAUGCAAUGAAUUUAGUUAUAAAGCUCAAGCUAAAGUUCUAACUAUGGAAUCGAAAGAUCAAAUAUCCAGAGAAUUUCGGAAUGCAGAAUUUCCCGAUGGAAAUUUAAAAUCUUUAUUAUUUGGCAAAGCAGCAAAUAAAUUGCAAGCAGAUUUAAAAACUAUACCUUCUCCGUUUGUGCUAAUGAAUCACGACGCAUCGCGUUUCUUCCCAAUAGAUCAUGUAAAAGCCCAAAACCAUUCUAUGGAAUAUUAUUCAAUGACUUGGGCAAACUUUAAAUUUGACAAACAAGCAAUACUUGAUUGUUUAUAAAAUUAUUUUAAAAUGAUUUUAGAAGACAUAGUCAUACUCAGCAGGGUUAUAUCGCGAUGGUUGUACAUUUUUUGUGCAUACAUUUUUAGAAUAUUUAUAUAAGUUUAAAUGAUGAUAGAGUGUACAAAGAUUUAUAAUUAAAUAUGAUUUUAAACAUUUGUUUGAGAUCACAAAUGUUUCUCAGCAUAUUGGUUUUGGUGUUCAAACGAUCUUGUCAGAUAUUAUAACAGAGUACAAGGUAUAUACAUCACUAGUUUUUAGUUAUUAGAUAUUUAAGGACUUUUUUUGUUAUUAUAUAUCCAGCCUACUACUAUAAUGAAAUGCAACAGAAUAUUAAAUAAAAGUACGAUAAAAAUACGCUUAGAUAUGUGAUGAAAUCAACGAAAUAAUAUACAUAUACAUGUGUUUACUUUCACUUGAUAGGUACUUAUUUUUUAUGUAAUAAAAUAUCUUGUAUAUUUCGCUUUAAUUUAAAUUAGUAAAUUAUGAAACGAUCUCUGAAAGAUCAACAGAGGGUAUUUAAUUUUUUUUAUUUUAUAACUAGAUUGUUUCACCAUAGUUGAGUAUUUAUAUGUACACGUGUUGAACGUAUGUUUAAUAAGAGAGAUAUCUAAAUCAAACUUAAAAACUGUUCUUAUAUAAAUAAAAUAAAAUCUACGUUUAAAACGGA